CUUUAAGUACGAAAGUGUUGAUUGACUGUUUGGUGUUUAAUGUUUCAGUAAGAAUACUUCACUCACAUCUUGAUGUCAAGAGGGUUAAGUGUAGGAAACAGGAACUUAUAAAUCCACAUAGCAAUAAGUACAUCGCAGCUACCAUUCAUAUACAGAUCUUGAAAUUUCAAUUUACUCGUGCAGAACACCACCAAUGGACAUUAUAGACAGGGAGGGUCGUUCAUUGUACCUAUCUGCCCACCUGGACAUGGGACCUCAGUUUCAUUUUAAAGCAUGGGCGGCCGACGAUUGCAUUUGGUUUGCAAAGAACGGCAAUAUGACGGUAUCGAAAUACGACAGAAGGUCUCAAAUCUGUUGCGAUUCAUCCGGAAUACACAAUAAAUCUCUCCGGGACGGCCAUCCUGUGGACUGCUGUGGGGAUAAAACUUACGACACACGCAACAAGAUAUGCUGUGGAAAUUUAAGUCACGAUAAAUACAUACAGACUGGACCGGACGCGGGAAAGCCCCGAGUCUGCUGCGGAAAUCAAUUCUUUGUGGAAGACAGGCUCAAAUACUGUUGUGGAGAUGCCUACAUCCCUUGGAGACUUAAGUGCUGCGGUCGAAAGUCACCUUACAACAAUUCUGCUUCCGCGUGUGUGGAUGACCUGGUCGUUCCGAUCAAGCACCAUAUCUGCAAUGGGCAGAUAUUUAGCUUACAAAAACAAAAGUGCUGCAGGACUUCUAACCUGAAAUCCCUGUACAAUGUUUCCUCAUGGGACAGGAAUUUUAGUUGCUGUGGUGAUAAGCUGUUUGAUAAAAGAGAAAAACAAUGUUGUCGGGGACCACUAACUGUUCAACCGCGAACAGGGAAUUGCUGCGGCAAAGGGCUUUAUAAUCCAAGCACAGAAAUAUGUUGCCAAGGAAACAGCAUUGUUUCUUACGGAGUGUUGAAGUGCUGUGGACGUGGGACUGUGAAUGCCAGUGACCCCCGAGAACACUGCUGCUUUGCAGGAAAGAAGGCGAAGUCUUUCAGAAAUGAUCGACAAAUCUGCUGUAAUGGAGCACUGCAUUCGAUUACAAAUACAGAAAAAGCUACAUGCUGUGGCAAUCGGAUCUACUCCGCCGCAAAACAAGUGUGCUGUAACAGCCAAACCGUCAUCAACAAAACGGCCUCUCAUCACAGCUCCUGCUGCACUAACGGACCAGGGCUCUACAAUUCCUGCGAGGGCCAAAUCCAUGAAAAGAGGCUUCCAAUGUGUGGUAAACUGCCCUACAGGAUAGGCAGAGAUCUCUGUUGUAAUGGUAAAGUUAACAAGGAUGCAAAGACGCUGAGAAAGAGAUGUUGUACUCCUGGAACUGACUCAUAUCAUCCAGACAACGAAACUUGCUGCCAUUCCAUUGUUAAGGAAAAGUCUCUGGGGUGCCAUGGAAAUCGUACAGAUAGUGAAAGAAACCAACUGUCAAAAUUGUCAAAGAUCCUAGAAACUCCAGGUCGUAGAGGACAUGGAAAUGCCAACAAACCCAGAAGGAAACGCCCACACAAACCCAGAAGGGGACACUUUGACCAGUCUAGGAGUGGUAUCUGUGAAAUCUGUUCCUCUCAAUGGAAACCAAAGCACCUAAUGUUUUCCAUUUACUCCAAAUCAACGAACAUCUGUACCCAGAAAGCAAUGAAAUUUGUUGUCAACAAUGUCACUGAAUUUAACUGGAAAGGAGCAGGCUUCCAGUGGAGUUGGCUAAAUGUUACCUCCAAACAGAACCUCUACCGCUUAAAAGACCCAGCUAUCCGACACAACUUCACACUCCUCCUGCCCUGUGGCUGCCCUCAGCUCCAAAGACUAGUGGGGCUCAAAAUUUUACUUCUGACCAACACUGAGUUCAAUAAGAGAGAAAUAUUUUUAGGGGACAGUGACCUCAUUUUACCAGGGAAGAGAGAGCUGAUAAGGCUUGUUAAAAACAUAUCGACAACAUGCCCAAAUUAUAUUGUACAGAAUAUAUAUAAAAUAAUACAAAAGUCUUCCAUAGGGUGAAGCUGCCAAACAGAGGUUCUGCAACCUUUCUAAAAAUUACGCCGAUUUGGGCCCUAGCUGGCUUAUGGUAGCUCAAUGCCCAAUCAUAAUCACCGUGUCUGUUGGCAUGAUCACUGAAGUGUCUUUGAAAAGUUUUUCAUAAAUUUUAUGCAUAAUACUUGGAUUAGGCAGAGGAAGACCCCAUUCAAUUUCUGAUUGAUAGACUCUGUCCUUAAAGAAUAUGGGACUUUGAAUUUUCCUAUGUACAUGUAAUGUAAGAUAACAGCAUUUUCAUAGCAUGUAAUGAAUUAAGUUUACUUGUGAAGAUUUUAUAGAUUGCUGAGAUUAGUUAGGAAGAGGAAGACCCCUUUUGAUUUUAAAUCAAAUGUUUUUAUCAGAUAGAGUAACACUGAAUGGUACCAGAAUAAAAUGAAAAAUUAACACUUGAAAAAUAAUUUUUUGGCCAUUUGGGUGAUAUAUCAAAGUGCAAACAACACAGGGGAUUUUUUAAGAACAAGAUGCAGCAGAAAACAAUCUGCCAUCUGCUAAUGUAGUUGAGUGGACAUUAGUUUGACAGAUGAUGUUGACAGAGGUAUAUGUUAGAGUAAAUAUGGACAACUGUAGUUGAGUGGACAUAUUAGUUUGACAGAUAUUGAUGGAGCUGAAUAAGCGGGUACAUGUAAAUAUGGAUGACAAUAUCAGUGGAAGUUAACUGACAAGAUGUAUAUAUAAUCACAUGUAAUAUGAAUGUUAUUCGCUCAAUCUCACAAUCCUUCUAUCAACAAAAAUCAGGGUUCUGCAGCAUGACUUGACAAAUUUCAUCUCCCUUUUCUUUUUUAUCAAAAAUGUAAAGGUGUGUUCCUGUUGUCAUAUACCCUAGAACAGACUUUCAAGUUUAUCACAACUCUUAAUUAUACAUGUCCAUGGAUGUCCAAGGGGCAAUUAAUGGUUGAAAUGAACUUUAUUUCACUUUUAUAUUUACGGGACAACAGAAGUUCAUUUCAAUAAUUCUUAAGUCUGUUGAAUUUUUCCGGUCAAUUUUUGAUCACUCAAUAUUACGGCAAAAUCAUUUGUGUUCAGUCUAUUACAAACAAAGUAUUCAAAAACUGUCAAAUGUCUCUGGUUACUCUCACUCAGGAAAUGAGAGGAAAGGAAUGGUAAAUCUUGUAAAUAAUGCAUAGGGAGCUGUUCUCAUCAGAUAAACUAUUCCACAGCCAUUUUAUUUCAUGUGUAACUGUCAUCUCUUCAUUCUUGUGAGUGUAUGUACAAUAUUUACCGACUUUUAUGCAUUUUCAGAACAAGUCACUUUGUAUAAAAAUUAUAUGUUUAUUUAUGUCCAAAAAAAAUAAUUUUUGAAAAUACUUGAGGAUAUGAACUGUGAUGCUUUUAGCUGCAGUAAUGUAGCCCUCUCCGAUUUUUUAUUUUUUCAUUUUGGGAUCCCGAAAACGUCAGAAUAAAAAAAUCGGAUAGGGCUACAUUAUUGCAGUUAUGAUACCUUAUGCUAGGGUACUUCAGGAAGUAUAUUACAAUUACCCCUUCAAGAAAAGUACAGUGCUGUGAAGUGUUGCAGUUCAUACCCUCAUGUAUUUCGAAAAUGAAAUUUAUCUUUUAUAUAUAUUUGCAUUUUACUUUCAUUUCUGUCUGAAUUUACAGCCAUUAAAAUAGUUGUACAUCUCAAUUGGUGGAGAUUUGUAAGGUAAAAUCAUUGGAAAUGUUAUAAUUAUAGUAUGAAUAACUAGAAAUAUUCCUUAUAUUGGUGACAUUUCUAAAAACAUUGUAGUUGUCUCAAAUCCAUCGAACUGACCACCAUUAUGAUGAUGUAUAUUAUAAAGUAUUAAUUUAAAGGAUUUUAUCUGCACAUUUUCUAAAUGUAAAUGCAUUUUUUAAAUGAAUUUUAUUGGACUGAUGGGUCUGAAAUGUAAAUCUUUAUUAUACAUGUGUGUAUUUGUAUUUUUUGUUUAUGUACUCAUGUGUUCAAAACAAAAAGAAUAGGGCAAGGUUGAAAAAAAAAUUGGAAAAUCAACCAUACAUAUUAAUGAAUAAUUAUUUCAGCAAAUAUUUGAAUUCCGUUUAAAAGAAUAUAAGAGAAACAUGCUGAUAUCUUAAUGAAAGAGGUGGGGUGGGAUGACCUAUUGUACAAAAUUGGCACUUUAAUCGUCAACUGCAUUGUCACAUGAAUUUAUAUGUACGUCUCUUUCCUCGUUAACCCGUAAUAUUUGAAUUGAUUUCGACAUUGUAGACAUAAAACGAAUGAUAGGGCUGUUUGUUUGUGUUCACAUAUUGUAGAUAUAAAACGAAUGAUAGGGCUGUUUGUUUGUGUUCACAUAUUGUAGAUAUAAAACGAAUGAUAGGGCUGUUUGUUUGUGUUCAUCAUAUUGUUUUUAUCAGUGAUGUUUAAUUUCUGAGAAGUAUGUUAACAUGUUUAUGUUAUGAUUAAAAACUGACACACUAA